AUGAAGUUCCUGUCUUUGUUUACUCUGAUUUUCUAUGGGCUCAUCGUCUCAGGCUCUUCCAUCUGCCCGCCCACAGGGCCUGUAUUGCCUCCACCGGAUAUACCUCGAGACUAUGACUGGUCCAACUUGACACGGACGUUGGAUGAAUUUAUUCAGGGUGCGAUAGAGGAUGGAUGGAACAGCACCAUAAACUCAUUCUCCGUCAUGGCGACUUCAGCUGAAGAGACCUUCUUCACCUAUCAUCAUACUGCCCCCAUGAACAAUGAGUCUGGUGUUCAACAUGUGGAUGGCAACACUGUUUAUGCAAUUGCGAGUAUUACCAAGGUCUUUACCGUUCUCGCUGUUUGGUUGGAGGGCAGAAUAAACCUAGACGACCCCAUUGGUAAGUAUGUCCAGGAGUUGAAUAACUCGGACUGGGAGGAUGUCACCCUCCGUCUCCUGACGAGUCAAAUUGCGGCUGCUCCACGAAAUGGAUAUACCUUUGAUAAUGCCUUAAACGCUCCAGAUCUCGUUGAACUUGGGUUCCCGGAACUGCAAUCUUCAGAUAUUCCUCCGUGCUCCCUGGCGCCUGGUCUGCGAAUGUGCACUCGUGAAGAAUUCUUUGCCUCGUUUCCAGAAUUCGCCUUCACUGGCGCCGUUGGAAAUCGUGCAGCAUACUCCGACCUCGCAUAUAUCCUACUGGGAUACGCCCUGGAAGACGUUACCGGCUUGACGUACGAGCAAGUCUUGAAGAGAUUAAUUCUGGGCCCCUUAGGCCUCAAUGACACCACCGCGUUUCGCCCGGACCCUGCUCGCAUGAUCAUUCCCAGCGACGGCGCGUUUUGGAUUGAUGUUGACUGGGCAUACUAUCUCAUGACAGCCGGUCUCUACUCGACCCCAAACGACCUCAGCACCUUCAUUCGCGCAAUCCUAACCAACCAACUCCUACCUCGCGCAAAGACGAAUCAAUGGCUCAAGCCAGCCGCAUUCACAUCCCAACUCGACAACUCGGUCGGAGCCCCUUGGGAGAUCUUCCGACCCACCGCGCUACUUCCCAACGACGCCCGCCCAAUCGACCACUACACCAAGAGCGGCGACGUGCCCGGGUUUUCGUCUUCGUAUCUAGUGAUUGUCCCAGAGUAUAACCUUGGCGUCACGAUUCUGGGUGCUGGACCUGACGCAUCGACUGUUGUUCCGUUGCUUUUGGAUACUGUUCAAGCUGUCUUGGUUCCGGCUCUCGAUCAGUUGGCGCGGGACCAGGCGAUUGGACUGUAUGCGGGGACAUAUGCUUCGGAGUCGGGGAAUCAGUCAUCUGUCAUUGAAUUGGUUGUGGAUGACGGCCCCGGCCUAAAGGUAACCCGCUGGAGCAAGGGUCAUCUGGACAUGCGCAAAUCAUUGGCUGUUUCGCUAUUCGGCGGUUCAUCUCCUCAGGAUGCUCUACCCGCGGAUAUCCGGUUCUACCCUACCGGCGUGGACGAUCGUUGGUACGUCGGUUUCACCGAACAAGAAGCUGAAGAAACAAAGGACGCCAACCAGCGCGGCUUGCUACGGGACAGCGCUUGCAUGGAUUGGUACCGGGUUGACCAGUUUCACUAUGGAAAGGCGUAG